AUGGCAAAAACUUCAAACUUGGUUAUUUCAAAGAAGUUAAGUUGGCUACUUAGGCAUGGGGAUCCAGCUAAGACUGGACUAGAUAUAAGAAAUGAUGGGUUUGUGGAGGUUGACCAGAUUUUAAAGCAAGUUGGUAUUUCUUUUGAAAAACUAUGUUACAUUGUAGAAAAUGAUUCUAAAGGCAGAUUUAAAAUUAUUAAUGAAUAUGGGAAGAGUUUUAUUCGUGCAAACCAAGGCCAUUCUUUUCAAUUUUUAGAAGAUGAAAAACUUCUUAAUAAAGUGGAAAUUGAUGAUAAUUCGAACUUCAUUCAAAGAAUAAUCAUACAUGGGACAUAUCUAGAUAAAUGGGAAACUAUUAAAGAAAAUGGACUAAAUCGUAUGAGUAGAUCGCAUAUUCACUUUGUUUCUGCUACCAAUUUUAAAUUAGAAUGUAUAAAGCAAGAUUCAAAUAUUUGCGAAGAUAUGAACAUUGAUCAAAUUAUCAAGGAAAUGUGCAAUUAUAGGUGUAAAUUAGGUAUUAGACCAACUAGUGAAGUGUUAAUUUUCAUAGAUAUACUCAGUUGUAUUAAUACUAAUCCCAAUUGUAAAUUUUAUAUUUCAGACAAUGGUGUAAUUUUAACCAAAGGCAAUCAGCAAGGUUUAAUUGACCCAAGUAUGUUUCUUUUUUGCAUUGAUAUAAAGAAUGGGGAAAUUUUACUAAAUAAUAUCAAUGUUGAGCAUGCAAUCCCUGAAAUAAUUAGAUUAAUUGUUAAUUCAACUCGAUAA